CUCUUUUCCGCCACCGCAUUUUGAAACGCAGAAUGGGAGCGAGGCUUAGCGGAAUCAUUCAAUCCUGGUUUCAAAUGUUCACGCACAAGACCCAAGGACGAGCCCUGACUCAGAGGUUAAUCCGUUUUCCCGAACACUUCACACAACCUCGCUUAGAUCUGUAACAUGCAAGUUGAAGAACAACACUUUCGGAGUGAGCUCCAGCCCGCUGCCAUGGGCGCAGGUGACAUGGAGGCCGUAGAGGCUCUGAUAUCCAUGACCAAACACUGGAAGACGAGGAACUUCAGCUUGAGACAAUUCAGACCGCUGACUCCCUCCUCAGAGUGCUCAGAGGACGACUCCGUCCCGUCCGUCUCACCUGACCUACAAGACUCUCCUCCGUGCAUGACGCCGCCUUACAGCCCACCCCACCUCGAGGUCUUCCAUCAACCCUCAGCACUGAAACUACAUCAACACACGGGAGAGACUCCUCCGCACAAGCACGCCGCUGUCUCUCAGCCGAGGUACCUCUGCACAACGGUAAUCCGCCACACCGCAGACGGUCGGCGCUGCUCCUGUAACGUUCAUCCUGUCUUGGAGGACAAUAGAGCCCCUUGGGUUCAUGAAAAAGACUCUAAAGCAAAUAAGAACUAUGAGGACGCCUCACAGGAGAGUGUUGCACGGAGAGCCUCAACUGAGAUUGUCCCACACGUGGUUGAAUCUAGUCAGACCGAGGCGAGUCUUUUAGGGCCGGGUGAUAAUUCAGCACCUCAUAUUGUCCUCAGUGGCGAUGUCUCUCCUGUCCACAACCCUCCCGUCUCUUCAACUGUUAUACAAAAGCCUGCCCCAACCACUGACAGUCAGCAGCGACAUGUUCUCCUUGUCCCAUCAGCAGUCACCACAAUGCACACACCACUACAACAGCAGCAGCAGCAGCAGCAGCAGCAACACAACCAAGAAAAUGCACCUCCCCAACCAAAAACAGCUUCUCCGGCCCAGGUCAUCUUUGUAGGGGGUCAGCUGGCGAAAGGCCCCGUAAUGCUCCUCGUCCCUCAGCCGUCCGUUCCCACCCUCUACGUUCACCCCGCACCAGUGACCUCUAGUGGUACCAAGCUGGCAGCCAUCGCCCCCGCACCUGGUCGUGUCACAUCAGAGCAAAGACACGCCCCACCGCAGCCAGAAGUGUCCCGCGUGCGCAAUCAUGUUUGUCCGCACGAGGACUGCAGCAAGACCUACUUCAAGAGCUCCCACCUCAAGGCCCACAUGAGAACACACACGGGCGAGAAACCCUUCAGGUGCAAGUGGGAGGGCUGCGAGAGGAGGUUCGCCCGAUCGGACGAACUGUCUCGGCACCGGCGAACACACACCGGAAAACGGUUCGCCUGCCCCAUGUGCCACAGCCGCUUCAUGCGCAGCGACCACCUGGCCAAGCACGCGCGACGACACAUGGCAGCGAGGAGGACGCGCUGCUGGACUUUAGGGAUCAUCCAAAACAUUCAGAGUGCCUCAUUGAGGAACUCUUUGUGAGACUGAUCAGAAAAAAAGUACACUAUCUCAGUGCACAGAGGACUGUUUGCCUAGUUUGUGUCUGUUUACAUUUGUCUGUGAAAUACUGUGUCACCUUCGAGUGUGCAAUUUCACAGAAAACAUGUUGCGGAUUUAAAAAAUGUUUUUACAUUUCAGUAAUAUUUGACCAAAGAAUGUUGUUCUGUGAGAAUGAGAAUUUAAUUGUUACACAAUGUUUUGCACAAUGCCGUUUUAGUAGAAUUUAUUAAACUUAAAAGUACGCGCA